GGAAGAUUCGAUGAACGAACGAAGAAUGUUCUGAUGAGACCUCGCUGUCAGUUCCCCGACAUCAUUCAAACGUCGGAAAGAAGCAAGCGGUUCUCAACGUUGGGGAAAUGGGCAAAAACCACCCUGACGUACGUAAUCAACAGCUAUCCAACCUACCCAUCAGAUAUUAACGGACGAUAUGAUGUUGAACAACUCUUGGCUCAAUCAUUUAAAGACUGGGCGUCCGUGAGCAGGUUGAGCUUCCAGCAGAGCAGCAACAACUCCACGGCUGACAUUCAGAUCGGAUUCUACAAGAGGGACCACGGGGAUGGCUUCAGUUUCGACGGCAUGUUUGGCAUUCUGGCUCAUGCGUUUGUUCCUGAAUAUGGCAAGCUGCAUUUCGAUGACGAUGAAAUGUGGUCACGCGUCGAUAAAGGUUUUAAUCUUUUUUUAAUGAACCUGCGGCAAGUGGCGACUCACGAGAUUGGGCAUUUGUUGGGGCUGGGUCACAGCAGCGUGCCAAAAACCGUCAUGUACCCUUUCCAUUACUACACCAGCAACUUUAUGCUGACUGAUGAUGACAUCAAAGGCAUCGAAACGAUAUACGGUCAG